AUGAAUUCCGAUAGACAUGAUUUAGCCAAAUAUGCUCAGUUUAAUUUAAUUAAAGAUGAUUUUAUGGCAAUACAUGAGGCAAUGGAGCAUGGUUAUCCCAAUUAUUGUAUUGAGAGAAUAAAUAAAAUUGAACCUGAUAUAAGAUCAAAAUUACUUAGCCAGGUAAUUUUAGGUUUGAUAAUAGUAUAUUAAAUUGUAUUAUAUUUUUUUUUUUUUUAGAAAUAUAUUGAAGGUGGCGAAGUAUUGAAUCUUCUGAUUAAUUCGAUUUUAAAAAGCCAAUUUCCUGUCGUAAUGUCGCUAAUUGAUAAUGGUGUAAAUUUGAAUUCCAAAGGAAAGGUACGACUUUUCGGUUCAUUUAUUGAUGGAGUUACACCGCUUUGGUGUGCAUCUGGUCAGUAUCUGGUCAUUUAUUUUUAUACUAAUCUUAUUUAAGCUAACAAAAAAAUAUUAAUUUUUUUCUUAUCGUGUUUAUGUUUGUAGCAUGUGGACAUAUUUCCAUAGUGAAAUAUCUCAUUAAAAAAGGCGCUAUUGUUGACUCAUAUACAAAAUUUAAGUCAACUCCAUUGCUAGCAGCAUGUUAUAAGGGAUCAAUAGACUGUGUUAAAUAUUUGAUUGAAAAAGGAGCUGAAUAUAAUAUGCCAUGUCUUACAAUCGCUUCUUCUAAUGGUAUUUUACACAUUUUAACACAUUUUUUAAAAAAAUCUAGCAUUUUGAAGUAUUUUGACCAUAACUUCCAAAUGAAAUUUGAGCAAUUUUUUUGUAAGUUCCAUCAAAUUAAGCAUGCAAAAACAUACAUUUAGGAUAAAAAAAAUUUCAAAAAUUGAAAGCUAAAAUUAUUUAUACCAAAUCAAAAUUACUGAGGUAUCAGUCUUUUUAUUGAGUUAAUUUUUCUAAUUUAAGUUAAGUAAGUAUUCAUACAAAUUUCAAAAUAAUAAUUUUUUUAACUUGUCACAAAGAUAAAAUAUUAAUAGUAUCUUAGAUAAUAUAAAAUUUGGAAAAGAAAUUUAACUCAUACCUAUCUAAGUAAUAUUAUUCUUGUCAUUAAAUUUGUCUAAUAUUUGUUGUCUAUAUGAGGUUUAAAAACUAGUAAUUUAUAUCAUAUUAUACAGGACUUAUUAAUUAUACAAAUAUGGAAUUUUAUAGACAAUAAAAAUAUUGUUAUAUAUUAAUUCCAUGUAUUUAACUUUCCAAUUUAUAGUAUUAGUAGGAUUGAAUUAGUGUACACCUUUUAAUAACAAUAUGAAUUUUUAUACUUAAUUAAUCCAUAGCUUAAUAAUUUUCUUUGCAAAUUAGGUCAAUAUUAUAAAUUAUUUAUUUCAAAAGGGCUAAAGAAAUAAAAAAUAAUUAAUGUAUAUAUAGUAAUUUGUAUUUAAAUAAUUAUUAUGUAUGUAAAUAAACACAUUUUAAAUCUUUUUUUUAAGCUAUAACUCCAAUUUUGGUUGCAACUGAAAGAACCCACAUUACUGUUGUAAAUUAUCUUCUUGCUGAAUUAAAGUUGACACAGCAAAACAUAAUUGAAGCUUAUGAACUGCUCGGUGCAUCUCUUUUAAACAAUAAAGAUAAUUAUAAUUUUGAACAAGGAUUUUCUGCUCUAUUGAGAGCAAUGGAAAUUCGGUAAGGUUUUUAAUAAAGUAUAUAAUAAUUCAAUAAUAAUUUGUGGUAUUAUCUAUAUUUUAAUUUUAAAUAAUUUAUUAUAGGUGCCAACAUCAUAUCUGGAAACAACCAUAUAAACAAGUUGCUGCUUAUAAUAAUCAAAUAGAAUGUAACAAUAUACACGCUUUAAUGAGAUUAAAAAAAUUUCCUGAAGCUUUACACUAUGAAUCUUUGAUUAUAAGGUGAUAUAAUAUCAAUUUCUUAUGUGUAGAUGCCUAAUGAUAACAAAAUGCAUACAAUCUUAUCAUAUUUGAUUAAUCUUUGCUAAAAAAAAAAACGAUUCUGAGCGAGUUUGGUUAUACAUGUUUAUAGUUUAAAAAUAAUAAAUUUUCCUGGUUUUUCCCAUUUGUUAUGAAACCUUUAAGAAAAUCAAAAGAUAACAUUCUUCAACUACCAUCCCAGAAAAGUUCCUUGUCAGAACAGAUGCUACAUUUGUUACUUUGUAUCAAGAUUUUUGGUAAAAUUUUUGUACAUAGUAUAGCAAAAAGAAAAAAUUGAAUUAAAAAAAAAUACUUUAGUAAAACCCAUUCAUUCCUCAUUCCACUCAGAAUCCAAAAGGUUAUGGUAUUUUGAUAUUUGAAUUUAUCUUCAUCUGUAAACCAAAUAUGAAUGUUUGACGUUUUUAGUAAUGAAAAAAAAAAGACUAACAUACUUCAACCAAUGGGUGCAGCCACUGUUGGUGAGAGGUUGGGAAGUUAAGAUAUAGAGAAGAAAUUAAUUUGUAUUUGUAAGCAGCGAUAAACCGUAGCUUUCUAAAAACAAUUCUGAGUGGAGUUCAGUUAAUAUUCAUGCUUUAUCAACAAUUAUAUAUUGUUAUAUUAUGAUACAAUAAUUAUAUAGGUCCCAUGUGUCACAUAGUGUAAGUUCAUGUUUGCUCAUUAAGAGCUGUGUUUUGUGUGUAAUUCCUUUUGGUUUACACUCUUAAUAGUGUAAGCUAUUUUGAUUAAUAUGUUAUUCAUGUGGUACUGAUUGAAAUAAUAAGUUGGAUAAUUUGAUAAGUUUAAUAUUUGUAGAUGGGUCAUUUAUCAUUAGUUUAAUUAUUUAGACAGUUUUUAAUAAAGUAGGUGUGUCAACAUUAAUUUCUUCACAGAGUGAGUGGAUGAUGAUUGCUUUAUCUGAAAAGUUUUUAUUAUGAAUUUAAAUUGGGAAAAGGAAAAUUUAAUUUAAUUUUCUGAAAAUAAGCUUUGGGUAUUUAUAAAUGGGCCAUCAAUAUUUGACUCAAAAGAAUUGCUUACUUUUUGUUUUUUUUUUUGGACCUAUAGUUUUCCCUUAGGUUUAUUUGAUUCUAUCAAUUUACUUAAUAGGUUUGUGGACUGUUUUGGUUUUUGGUUGUUUUGCUGUAAAUCAGGCUAUUCCAAAGUUAUUGGUGAUGUAGAGCAGCUUGAUGAUGGAGGUGACCUUUUGGUUUAUUUAUUAGGUAGGCUUGAAAUAUUAUUAUAUUGGUUUGAUGAGUUUAAAUUGUGACAUUUUUUGGAGUGGAGAAAACUACUGUAUUUCAACUGUUGAUAGAACUACCACAUUUUUUUAAUACUUGUAUUUUAUCUUAACACUAAGUUUAAGAUUUAUCUUUGUAUAUAUUUAUACAUACAACAACAGAUUAGGUUAUGUUAACUUUAAACAUUUUAUGUUCUAAAAAUAGUAAAAUUAAUCUAAUUAAAUCAUUUAGUUUUAUAAUUUUUUACAGAUUAAAUGAUUUGUUUUUUUUUCUUUUUGUUUAAAAUUUCACAUGAUUUCGCGAUAUAAAACUCAUUCUUGCUUUAAACAAAAAAAAAAUCAUUUUAUCAUAUUAGUUAAAUGUUGGUUGGAAUUUAAACGCAUGAAGCAACUUUAAUUUUUAUGAUUUAAGAAUUAUAGUUUUUAAUUACAUAUACCUACUUUAUAGUAACACUAUGUCAAUCUUCAAAAAAUGACUAAGUGCAAAACCAUGUAUACAUUUUUGAUUUCAUCCUUAUAUAAUAUUUAUGUAUGAAAAAUAUAUUAUUGUAUAAGGAUUGGGCCAUUGUCUAUAAUAUAAAUAAUUGUAAUUAAUUGGUAGUCAAAGAAUAAUUAUGUUAAUUUUCAUAUGUAACUACUAAUUACUGAUUAGUAAUACUAGAUAGUACAAGAUAAAAGUAGGAUAGUAGGAAUUCAAAGUGACCCAUCCAUGAUGUUUAUUCAAUAUUAAAAAUAAACUUACAUAGGUAAUUUGUAAAAUAUUUAUAACAUAAUUGUUAAUUCUAUACAUUUUAAUUUUUAAUUAAUAAUUUAUAAAAAAUAAUUAUUGAAACAAUAAUAAUUAAUUUGUAAAUAUAAAUUCUAUAAAUCUAAUUUAUUUUAUGUGGUAAGAGAAAUAAUGAGAAUGGCUAGUGUUAUUUCCUCUUCUAAGUAAACAAAUUUGUAUUUUAAUUUUUUUAGACAAAGAAUUUUUGGAGAAAAUAAUCCGUUAUUAUUGCCAGCAAUAAUAUACCGAGGUACCUGUUAUGCAAAUUCACGUAAUUAUGUACCAUGUCUAAAACUUUGGUCUUAUGCUCUACAAAUAUCUCAAAGUAAUGACUACAACACUCCUAUUGAUCUUAAAGAUUUUAUUGAGGUAAAUAUAAUUAAUAAUUAUAUAAAAAAAUAAUAAUUAAUAAUUAAUAAAAUAAUUGCAUUGUUUUCGCAUUAAGAAGCAUAAUAUUUAUGGUACAUUUAAUUAUGGCCGGACAUAUAGUUAAAUGUAACUAAAUUAUGUAACUUGUGACUAUAGUUUGUUUCAUGAGAUCCAGCCACGCAUGUAUAUAAAUAAAACUGACUCCAAGUAGUCAUUUCUUCUUCCAUGUGAACAGAUUUCAACAACUCUGCAUGGAAUGUCAGUCAACAAUAAAUUAUUUAACAUGCUUUGUAUAACACAUGAAAAAUAUCUGCAGGGGAUUAAUGGGUGUGGAUUAGACAUAGCUUGUGCAGCAGCUACCUGUUUUGGUCAGCCAGAGACCUCAUCUCAUGAAACAGACUACAGUUACACAGUUUUUCUGUAACUUUAUAUUAAAUUUAAAAGUUAAAAUUAAAAAUUAUAUUAUGUGCUUUUUGUGAUUUGAUGAUUCAUAAGUGAGACUGAAAAAGAAUAAAAAAAUAUUAUUAUUUUGAUUUUAUACUAUCUAGAUAAUAUUUUGUACUACACUUCCCCAAAAAAUUAUAAAUUUUGAUAUCAAUCUCAUCUUGUUGGGCCUACAAUUAAGUUAGCAGGAAUGGAACAAUCCUAAUGCCCACACAGUUUAGGUAAAAUGGGUAACUGUUGUAGCCUGUGGCCAACCUAACCUAACCUCCCCAGUAAAGGAGGCGUCAAAGUGAAAGCCCAGACAGAAUAUUAGUCUCGUCUCCACUCACCACAUUCUGGAAAACCAGAACCCAGAUCAGAUUAGGCGAUCCCAUCACUUCAAGAUUUGCUACUCAGAGACCCAUAUAUAUUCCAUACCCUAAUCUAACCUAUCUGAUCUGCUGUCAAAUCAGUUUUUGAAGUUGUUGACAAAUAUUUUAUAGACUAUUAUAAUAUAAUAUAUAUAAACAUGUUUAUCUAUUAUUAUUUUGAUUGUGAUUUAUUUGGGUAUGUUUAAUACAUUAAAUUAUUAUAAUUUUAAUUUUUAAAGAAUAUUUUGUACAAGUUAAUAUUAACUAUUACAGGAUUGUUAUAAAUACUUAAAAUAAAUAUUUUAUUUAUCAAUGUAACUUAACUUUAAAUGCAAUUUGUAUCUAAUUACACCAUAUAAAAGUAUCUAGUAACUUGUAACUAGUUACACAUUUUUAGAACAACUUGUCCAAUCUUGCAUUUAAUGAAAUUUCGAAUUGCUUCAUAUAAUAUUCAUGUAAUUUUAGUAUUAGUGUAUUUUUUUAUAACUAAAUUACAUUUCACUAUUAUAUACUUAUCUAAAGUCAAUAACUUAAUAAUUAAAUAAAUAAGAAAGUCUUAACUUAGUUUUGUUAUAUUGGUUUAAAUUUAGUGAUAAUUACAAGAGAUAAUAUUUUGUGGUUCUACUUUUGAAAUUUAUUUAUAUAGGUAUUUUGUAGAAUGACUGAAUCUCGUAUCAAUAUUGAACUAUUGUAUUUAAGAAAUGUGUUGUUAUAUCUAAUGAAUCAAUUCAAAAUGCAACAAAAAGAAAUUGCUAGAAAUAUAAAUUACCGUGAACUAUUAAUGGUAUAAUAUUAAUUACCAUAUUAUAAUAAAUAUAUACAAUUUAUAAUACAUUUUUAUAUAUUUAAAUAGGAAAGCAUGACUAAAAAUAUGAAGGCAACAAUGGAUUUAAUUAUUUUAAUCAGUAUAGCAUUGCCAAGAGAUUACAGUUUGGGGAAUCCACUGACCAAAAAUAUUAUAGCCAGUAUUAUGGAACUGGUCACAAUGAAUCUCAAAUCAAAUGAAAAUAAGACAUUACUUCACAUGUGUCUUGACUUUAAGACAGCCGACGAAUCGAAAACAUUCCGAUCUAUAGAUAGAAUUGUUAGGUAAUUUUAAGAGUUUAUGAUUUCAUUUACAUGCAAAAUAUUAUUGAUUGAAAAACGAUUUUUAAAAUGUUUCGUAUCAGUUUACAAAAAAAUGUGUCCACUCCCUCCACUUAAACCCAAUACACAAUUUUUUUUGAUCUUGAUUGUAAAUGAUAUUUUUGUUUUUUAUAUAAUUUAAAUUAAAUAAAAAUAACAAAUUUUCUUUUUUUCUUUGCAGCUUUCCUCAUUACCUUUCAGGUAGAUUAUUAAUAUUUUGUGGAGCAGAUGUAAAUGCUUUAGAUACAUAUAAAAGUACACCACUUCAUUACAUUGUUGAACACCUAUUACAAUAGUAGGUGUUUGCAUUUUUAUUUUUAUAAUAUAUUUUAUGUUAAAUGUAUAUUUAUUUUUUUAAUCUGUUUAUUUUAAGUCCUCUUGUGUCAGAUUCCAUUUAUUUCAGUACUAAAGAUCUAAUUAAAAGGCUAUUGGAUGCUGGUGCUCACACAGAUAUUGUUAAUAAUUUUGGUGUAUGUCCUUACAAUGCUGAUCCCGUCACAAGUAAUUGUUUAUAUUUAUAGUUUUAACUUACUGUACUGCUCUGUUUAUUUAACUUAACUGUUUUUUUAGGAAUAUUUCAGUUUAUGAAGAAGUAUCCCAGAAAAUUGACAUGCAUAGCAGCUUGCGCAUUGAAGUAUAAUCGUGAUAGAGAUUAUUACUGUGAUAAAUUGCCGCAGGCUAUACUACAUUUUAUUGAUUUACAUUAA